AUGACCUCUUCUCGUCCGCAAGCAUCCAUUUCCGAGGUUUCCGACGACGACAGCAACCACGGCGACUUGUCCGACGUCGAAGUGUCGCACGAAGAGCACGUUCGGACGCUCACGAAUCGUGGCUCGUACAAAAGUAUUCACAAGUCCUCAACUUCCCGCAAGCUCAUUCGCUUCCAUCUCAUGCCGCGGGUACGAUCCAAGAAAUCCCCAGACCGCAGUUCGAUCGCGUCCGACAACGCUACCGUCGAAGGCGUGCGCUCUGUCGUUUCGCAGUACACGCAAGCAAGUCACGACACGGUCAACGUCUCCAACCGCACCAAAGCUGGACGCGAGAGUCGCAAUCAUCCGCACGACAAGAAGAAUUCCAAAACGCGUUGGUCUAAACUCAAACGUCUCGUGGGCGUCAAGACGGCACCGGACGAUCCCGGUGCUCCCCGAUUGUCCUCCAAGUCCACCGACUCGGCGGAACGGGUAAACACCGAUGAUCCGAUCGCCAAUCGACGUCGCGUUCGUAGUGCGGACGAUGCCGUUACCUAUUCCCGACGUCCAAGGUCGGCGUCCGUCGCCGUGACGAGUAACGCGAUCGAAACCACGACACCAGCACAAGCCUUCGAAGACCAGUCCAUUUGUGGACGUCUGGACGGCCUCGACAUUUUAGCCUUGGGUGGGGCCGGACUAAUCACUUUACCCGCCGAUACGGCGCUACCGGCCGACUGGACCUUUCCGACGUACUCCGUCACCGGACAGAGUUUGUACCAAACGGCGCCGCGAAUUGUGGCCGAGAUGCUCUGGACGUCCGCUGGACGGUCUGCUCCCGAAAUUAUAUUGGAAGGAUUCAUUCCCGGCGGCGAGGAUCGAUGGAGUGUCCGUGUGGAACAACGACCAACGGACGCUUCAUCUUUCGCAAGUUCUAGCACUGUAUACCGCAGUCAAUCGCUGCCAGGAUUGCAGCCAGCCGACACGGACGAAUUCGAAGCUUCCGAAGACGGCAGCGUGCGCUGGCCCAGUUACAAACUGUGGGACUCUCUAUGGGGUAGCGAACCGCAACCCACCAAUAUGACCAAUUUAGAUAAGGUUCCGAAAGACGACGAUGAUCCCCUGCUCAAUCUGAUUUCCGACUGUUCCAUCCCCAUCGAUGUGGACGAAGACACUUUCGUGAUUGCCAAUCGCGCCCACUUGGUCGUGAUUCAGGAAAUUGCCGCUGGACCCUUGGCCAAGGGACAAUUCGAAAGCGCUCUAGCAAUCUUUGCGCGACUCCUCAAGGGACUAAAUCUGAUCGAAGACCAGAACCUGCGCUUUCUCAAGGGCACCGUUUUGCACAAUAUCGGUAUUGUGGAAAUGUGGCGCGGUCAGUACGAACGUGCACUGGAAAAUUUUACGCUCGCCGUCAAGGAACGAUCCCGCUAUUUGCCCAAACGCCAUCCUGACUUGGUGGUUUCGAUCGUCCGCCAAAGCGUCGCGCUCGUCGCACUGGGUCGGUUUGACGAAGCCUUGGUUGCGCUCGAGAAGGCCCUAGACAUGGUACCACCAGUUGCCGACCUUGUACGGGCCAAAAUUCUCAAUAAUAUUGGCGUCGUACGCUUUCUACAACGCGAUUUGACCGCCGCGUUGCCGAGUUUCACCACCGCGCUCGAAAUUUUGCGGCGCUGGCUGGACGGACCCAUCCGACGCGAGUCGAUCGUAUUUGACGCCGCCACGACGCUCUCCAAUAUCGGCAAACUGUAUUUGGAACGACAGGAUUACGACUUGGCCUAUUUCGUGUACGAAGAAGCGCUUUUGCUGCAAACAACGGUCUUUCGUAAGGAUCACGACAUCGUAUUGAACGGUCUCACGAACCUGGCGUUGGCCAAGGUAAAAACGCGUCACGUCCAAAAGGCCGUACAGAUUCUGCAGGGUUGCUUGCGUUCGCAAAACAGUCGGUUUGGACCGCAGUCGGCCUCGGCUGUGGAGACGACGGGUUUGAUCGGGCACUUAUACGCCAGCGAGGCUCAGUACGAAGAGGCCCUCCAGUGCUGGAAGACGGUAAAAAAGUGGCAGAAAACGCAACUGCCAGCGAACCACGCCGCCGCAAUACAGACGAGAGCGGCGAUCGACAAAGCGGAACACACCAUUGGUCAAACGAGUAACUCGGGCUGGAUUUAGUGCGACACACGCUUUCACACAUAAACACACAAACGUUUACAAGCACACGUACGGCCGGCUUUAGACAAGGAGACCAACAGGCCAUCACUUUUAUGGACUUUAUAGAUUCCUGUUGUACCAAUAUCUAAUUUCUUAACGCAAUAAAUCUCUGCUUUU